AUGAUUAAAGCCGUCAUUGUCGUCGGUGGACCGCAGAAAGGAACUCGAUUCCGUCCGCUGUCACUAAACAGUCCGAAGCCGCUCUUUCCGGUGGCUGGCAUUCCAAUGAUUGAGCACCUGAUCAAGGCCUGCGUUGAACUGCCCGACAUGAAGGAAGUCCUUCUGAUUGGCUUCUACCAGCUGGAGGAAAGCUUCAACGAGUUCAUCCAGUCGAUGAUCGUCAAGUACCGCAUUCAGAUCCGCUACCUGCAGGAGUACGCCCCACUAGGCACUGCCGGCGGUGUGUAUCACUUUCGGGACAUGAUUCGCCUUGGCGAGCCAGAGGCGGUCUUUCUCAUCAAUGGAGACGUCUGCGGCAACUUUGCCCUGCAGAAGAUGCUGGACUUUUUUCGCAGCCUCCCCGAGACCAAGAUGAUCUCUGUCAUGGCCACUGAGGCCACUCGCUCACAGUCGCUCGAUUACGGUUGCAUCGUCGAGAACAAGGACACCCACGAAAUGCUGCACUACGUAGAAAAGCCGAGCUCCUUUGUGAGCACCAUCAUCAGCUGUGGCGUGUACCUCUUCUCACUGGAGCUUCUCAGUCUUCUGUCGACUAUCUUCAAAGGGAAGCACAAUCCAGAUGAGAAUGAAUUUCUCGCCGAGGGCGACAUUCUCUUGAAGAGUGUCCACUCUGACGGCAUUAGUCUGGAGAAGGACGUCCUCGGUUCGUUGCUCGACUCAAAACGAGCUUACGUUUUUCAGCAGCGAGAUAACUUCUGGUGGAGUCCCAUCAAGACGCCAGGCUCGGCCAUCUACGCUAAUCGCAACUACCUCACACUGUACAGAAAGUCACACCCCGAGCUGCUGGCCACCAGUGCCCCCGAAGGGCCAAAAAUAAUAGGCGAUGUGUACAUACACCCAACUGCCACCGUGGACCCCAGUGCAACUAUUGGACCCAACGUGAGCAUCAGCGAGGGCGUUAAAGUGGGCGCCGGUGUGCGUUUAAAGGAGUCCAUCAUUUUGAAGAACGUCACCAUUAACAACCACUCGAUCAUCAUGUACGCCAUCGUCGGGUGGAACUGCGCAAUAGGCUACUGGUCAAGAGUCGAAGGAACGCCUUGCGACCCAAACCCCAAUAAAGCCUUUGCGAAGAUGGACAACCAGCCGCUUUUUGACGGCGACGGAAAGCUCAAUCCGCUGAUAACGGUUCUCGGCUGCAACGUUCAGAUUGCAUCGGAGAUCAUUAUUCUCAACUCGGUGGUGUUGCCCUACAAGGAGAUCAAUCGAAGCUAUAAGAAUGAAAUCAUUCUCUGA